AUGAGAGAACAGUAUACAUUUCAUCAUCAUGAAAGUCUUUCUAGAGGAGUUCUAAGUCCAGUUACUUAUGUCAGAUGUCAACAGAUUAAUCAGCACUUGGUCAACAGACUAGGUUUGGAAACUAGCCUUCAGGGUCAUCAUGGUUGUGUUAACUGCUUAGAAUGGAAUGAGAGUGGUUCCUAUCUUGCCAGUGGUUCAGACGAUCGUUGCCUAAUUAUCUGGGAUCCAUUUGAACGUAAAUCCCUUUUGACUAUGAAUACUGGUCACGUGGCGAAUAUAUUUUCUGUCAAAUUUUUAUCUAGUUUGAAUGAGAAUCUCAUCGCAACAGGUGCAGCUGAUAACAAAAUUCGUGUACAUGACAUUAAAGCAUUAGAAACUCGGCAUGUGUUUUCUUGUCAUUCAGGUCGGGUUAAACGAUUGGCAAAUACUCCAUCUGAACCAUUUUUGUUUUGGUCAGCCUCAGAAGAUGGAACCUGUAGACAGUUUGAUCUACGAGAUCCUGAUCAGGCUUCUGUAAAUAAACCAUGUAAUGUACUAGUCAACUUACGAUUUCAAGAUAACGUUUUUGCCGAAGCUAAAUGUAUUGCAGUAAAUCCAUUAAAACCUGAGUUAGUUGCCAUUGGUGGGAAUGAACCAUUUGUACGGAUGUUCGAUCGACGCAAAUUAACACUUUCUACCUGUGAUAGCGCUACACCACAAGAGAGGAUACAAGUUGCAUCAAGGAGAACUGCUACGAAUACUCCAUCCAGUUUAUUGCCUUCGUUUCCAUAUGGUGCAGCUAAAUAUUUUGUUCCGUCACAUCUACCAGGUAAAAUAUUAACUGAUGGUUUAGACUAUCGAACUUUCAGUGUAACAUCAGUUAGUUUUAGUUCAGACGGUGAAGAACUAUUAGCAAAUAUCGGACGUGAUAAUAUUUAUCUAUUUCAUCUAGCUUCACAAAAUGAACCAUUUCAAUGUCAGUCAUCGUUUAAAUCAACUAGAUUAUUGUAUAAUUUAUCUCCAUCACAACCAGGGGAUAGAUUUCGUUCUUUUCAUAUUCCUACGUGGUUUUGUCCUUCAACAAUGGAAUGUUCUGAUUCUCAUUCAGGCUUAACUUACGAUUGUCGUUGUAAUUCUUCUAUGGCGUUUGACUACGCAACCGUACUGGCUUCGCGAUUAAUUGAAGCCAAGGCGUAUGCUGUUGCAGUUCACAAGUAUAAUCAACUUAUUCAACAAUAUCCCUUCUGUCCACAGCUGUAUACAGGCCGCGCUACUGCUUUAAUUAAACGAAAUUGGAAUGGCGAUAUUUACAAUGCUCUAUUGGAUUGCCGAAAUGCUAUGCAACUUACUACUCAAACUAACAAUGUUUCCUAUAGUAUCCAGAACAACAAAACUAUUAAUAAGUGCCAAUUAUUAAGCAGUUCUGUUUACCUUACAGCUUUGUUACUCUCAGUUCGAUGUUUAUUAUGUUUGGAUUGGUUAAAUGCUGCUCGUAUUCAACUUAAGCAGGCGCUGGACAGCUUUCCUAAUCUUUUUAAACAUUUUACGCAUCAAAAGAUUUCGGAAAUGACAAUCACUACACCUUCCUCUUCAUCUACUAACACACCAACAACCAGUAACAUUCAUACAAGCCCGUCUAAAUACAGUUGCAAAUCAGACAACCUGGUUAAAGUGUUUGAACAUUUAAAGUCGAAAUUACUGGCGAGAGAAAAACAAUUAGAAUCAAAGUCUAACAAAUCGAAAACAGAAGAUAAGGAAUUUAGGAAAAGUAAUACAUCAAUACAUGCUGAUAAUAACAAUCAUACAACUUGUGAUAGCGAUGAUGACGAUAAUGAUGCCAAGGAUUCAUCAGUAUCAAAAUCAGAAACGUUUUCUUACUUGCAAUGUGAUAACGUAUCUGAACAGAUCUCCUCAGGGUCUUGGAAUGGUUCUAAUUAUGACAAUCGAAUGAAGUCAAAACUAUGUGCUUGUUUAAAUUGUUCAUGUGACCGAAUGUGGAUAGAAGAAGAUGAAAGAGAAAGGCGAAAGAGUGCUAUCGAUUUUUCAGCAUCCUAUAUUGGUCAUUGUAAUUCAAUAACAGAUAUUAAAGAAGCGAAUUUCUUUGGGAGCUAUGGACAAUAUAUUGUCGGUGGAUCUGAUUGUGGUGCAUUUUUUAUAUGGGAUCGUAAUACAACUAAUAUAAUGCGAAUAUUAAAAGCAGAUAGUUCUACUGUCAAUUGUGUUCAACCUCAUCCGUCUAUUUGUUUGUUAGCAAGUUCUGGAAUUGACUCUGUUGUAAGAAUAUGGUCACCCAAUUGUGAAGACGACCCUGAUCAAACACGAGUUGUUAGGGAUCAAGUUGGAGCGGCUGAACGAAAUCAACAACGCUCUAAUGCCGAUCCACUUGAAAUAAUGCUGUUAAAUAUGGGUUAUAAUAUUCCUGGUCUGGAUCUUGAUUUUAAUAGAGAUAGACGAUCACGAGGUCGCGAUUGUAUUGAUGAACAGCAUGAUGAAGAGACUGAAUCAAGUGAUGAUGACGAUGAUAAUAACCAUGACAUCAAUUUCGAAAAGAUUUCUUCUUCUGUGCAACUAUCUGGAAAUGAGACUUAUGCUAAUAUAAAUCAUUCGACCAAAAGUCUUGAUAACAUCUCGCACAAUGAUUCUGUUUCGAAUAGCGCGAAUAUAGUUAAUGAAGACACCGAAAGUGUUGUUAGUCAGACUGAUAGUCAAAAGCGUACUGUAAAUGAAUCAAUUGAUAUGUGUUGCCAGUUAGGUAAUUCUCAAGCACCUGAGCAGAAGCGAACAAAAACGGGUAAUUUAUCUGAUGAAGAAACCUCUUUUCAACCAUCAGUCGCUGCUACCAUAUUUAAUAGUGAUUUUAAUACGUCUGAUGAUGAUUCUGAUGCUGCAUCAACGGGAAAUGAUACAAAACGUAAACCUAAUCGUUCGCGUAAAUCACAAUCUAGUCAAAAUCGAUGUUUACGACGUAUUCGUACACGAAGAAUACCAAUUAGUGCUACUUUUCAGGACGCCGAAAUUGUAACUACUCCGUGGUUAAUUGAUUUUUUCCCCAUCGAAGUUCAUUCAAUUAAUUCACAAUCAACAGUAGGUGAGACAAAUGAGCAAGAAGUGCAAGCACAAGAACGUAGAACUACUUCUCGAGAGGAUGAAGACAGAAAUGACUAUAACAAUGUAUCAGAAGUCUCUUGCACUGUCAGUUGA